AUGGAGGAUGAAGAAAUGAUGGAUGCAACUGGUCAAGACUCUCGCCAAAGCCGGCACUCGGUUCCGGGAAAUGGACAUAGGCCGCACAAUCGAGGGUUUCCAGUGUAUACUCGAGAUGUUGACUCGAAUUCCCUGCUGGGACAAUUCUCGUUUGCUCCAGCUACGCAGACCACGGUCGUCACGACUACUACUACCACCACGACGAAAUUUCCUCCACUUCUUCUACGUCCACCCCGUCGUAUGCAAGAACUUGAUCUAAAGCAAUACCCCCUUGCAGCUACCCCCACGCCUUCAUAUCUACGGCAGAUAAAUUUUGAAAUAGGAGGAAAGCGAACGGUCUUUCGUGAGGCAGAAGAUACUACCGUGGCAUUAGAACAGUUGGAAGUCGAACAGCGAACACUUCGAAACGCAAACGGAACAAUCCAGACAAUUGAAGCAUUCGAGCCCUGGACGGAGAUACCGGACGAUGGCUCAGCUAGCACAUUUGUACAGAUCCGUGCUCCAAACCGGCCAGCUUCCCCAGAAUCUAUCCCCGAUAAUGAAGAACAACCCCCGUUGCCAGCCCCGGCACUUACAUCUAGUCGUCCUGGUUCUUCCAUGGGACCCGGAGAAAGGAUGACGGCAGAUGUUCCCCGGCCACACAUCCACGACAUACAGGGAUCGCACCCUGUGACACCAGAGACCCUUAACAGACCUCCCAAAAUGAAUCGUCGACGCAUACCGCUUAGCACCAUCAACCCUUCCAGAAGCACAAGCACACUCCUUCCGUCUCCGAGCGUGGAUCAGCGGUCGACUUUUCCUAAUUCCCGGCCUAGGGCGAGUCCUGAACUAACAUCGCUUAACGAAGAUGAGCCAAGUAGCUCAGUCAAUGGUACAGCUGUCAAUAGAAUAUCGCGGCGUGGUUCUUCGCAAGAGAGCGCCGUCCCUACUCCCCCAAUCGACGAAGAGGCUGAGCCGAAUCCAGUGAGGCCCCUGAGCAGACGAGCAUUGUCGUCCGUGCCCUCACGGCUGCACGUUGCCGGAAGCCCAUCAGCCCAUGAUGGCAGCCUUCCUAGUCCGAGCCUUUCUCCCGUGAGGGCUGCCGCCUCGCUGCAACAUUCGGGGUAUUUUGCAGGCGUGGAUACUAAUUCUGAGAUGGCCUCGCAGCAUCAGAUAGCAUCGAGGGUGCCCAUUACUGAAGGACGACAGUCCAACCCUUUUCAAUCUUUACAAGUCACCGAUACGAAACCUCGAGCCAACUCUCGACAAUCGGCUCCGUUCUUGAGCGGAUCUGUUACGGACCUCCCCGCCAUGCUCGAUUAUUUUGAGGCCAUCCCUGACGAGCUCAAAAGCUACGUUAUGCACCAACUACUCCGGCGAUGCCCCAAGUCCACACUUCAAAUAGUUGCCGAUGCCGUCAACCCGGCUUUGAAGUGUGACUUCUUGACAAUCCUGCCUCCAGAACUGGCGCUGAACGUGCUCAAAUACCUCGACCUCAAGAGCUUGUGUAAAGCCUCGCAGGUGUCCAAAAAGUGGCGUCAGAUGAUCAACGGCGACGAAAGAGCCUGGAAGGAGCUGUUUGAUGCGGACGGAUAUACUCUCGCCGAAGGCGAAUUGCAAAAGGCCAUCUCCGAAGGUUGGGGGUGGCAAGAUCCCUAUGGUCCGUAUGGCUAUGAAGCGAACCUGAACUACAGCAAUGCCCCGAAGUCCGAGACCGAGGCGAACACCUCCCCCUCGACUCCACCUUCACAGAACCGAUUCAGUGGAAUUCUACGUCGAUCCAAGCGUAAAGCGGCCACGAUGCUGUCCAGUCGCAAUAAGCAAGUAAAACGCAAGAGUUUGUCACGUGACUCGUCACUUGACGUCACAUCGGUCGACUGGAUGCAACGCGUGUCCACGGCUGAAGGCCCUUAUAAUGCGGCUAAUGCAGCAAUGCUGGCAGUGCCGCAUCCAAGUGUCAGCUUACCGAGUCUGAAAGGCCUCCACCUCUACAAAUCUCUGUACCGCAGGCAUCAUCUCAUCCGGAGAAACUGGAUGUUUGAAGACACAAAGCCCCAGCAUCUUGCUUUCCGUGCGCAUGACACGCACGUUGUCACCUGUCUUCAAUUCGACAACGACAAGAUCUUGACGGGCAGCGAUGAUAACAACAUCAACGUCUACGAGACCCGGACUGGCAUCCUCAGGGCAAUACUGACGGGCCACGAAGGCGGGGUUUGGGCCCUGCAGUAUGAAGGGAACACACUUGUUUCCGGCUCGACCGACCGGUCGGUUCGUGUGUGGAACAUCCAAGACGCGCGUGAGACUCAGGUUUUCCGUGGACACACAUCAACCGUGCGGUGCCUGCAAAUCGUCACGCCGGUCAAGGUCGGCGAGAAUGCGGAGGGGAAGCCCAUCAUGAUGCCUAAGCAGCCCCUCAUUAUAACCGGCUCCCGCGACUCGACGCUCCGUGUAUGGAAACUUCCACGGCCCGGAGAUCCAGAAUUCAUCCAGGCUGAGAACGACAAUGACGCCGAUAACUGUCCUUAUUUUGUGCGGACACUGACUGGCCAUCAGCACUCGGUGCGAGCAAUAGCCGCCCAUGCAGAUACUUUGGUCAGUGGCAGCUACGACUGCACCGUCCGCGUCUGGAAGAUCUCCACGGGCGAGACGAUCCACCGUCUCCAGGGCCACACACAAAAAGUCUAUAGCGUUGUCCUCGACCAUGCUCGCAACCGCUGCAUAAGUGGAUCCAUGGACUAUAUGGUGCGUAUCUGGGAUCUCAAUACAGGCUCCCUGAAGUACACCUUGGAAGGCCACACCUCUCUAGUAGGUUUGCUAGACUUGAAUUGCGACAAGCUUGUUUCCGCUGCCGCCGACUCAACCUUAAGGAUCUGGGAUCCCGAGAAUGGCCAGUGCAAAGCCACGCUGAGUGCACAUACAGGCGCCAUCACCUGCUUCAAGCACGAUGGGCAAAAGGUCAUCUCGGGAUCAGACAGAACCCUCAAAUUGUGGAAUAUCAGAACUGGCGAAUGUAUCAAAGACCUGCUUUCGGACCUGAGUGGGGUCUGGCAGGUCAAGUUUGAUGAACGCCGCUGCGUUGCUGCUGUACAGCGAGAUGGAUUGACGUACAUAGAGGUGCUUGAUUACGGCGCUGCUCGCGAUGGCGUACCCGAACACAAUCUGGGCCGCAGGAUCAUCGUUGAUGCCGACGGCUUCGAGGCCGAAGCCAAUAACGAUGAUGGCGACAUCCUGGAGUUGGACGACCGCACAGAUGUGUGA